AGUGAAAAGUGAAGGGAGUUUUUAGUUAAUCUCCUUUUACUUUUUUUAUUCAGAGCCAAGUGCAAAGUGAGAUGGAAUUUUCGCGCAGUUUGGAUGGAGAUGCAAGUUUGCAUCCAUGAUGCACCGCGGGCGCUACUAGCAGGUGCGUUAGUGAAUAGUAGAUUUCAAAACAAUUCGCGAAUACGCACACGAGACGACACGGCUCUGAGCGUACACAGAGCAAAUCUGGCACAAAUGAAGUAACUUAGCACGGAAAAACGCACAUGAGGAAGGCGGUGACGCUUGUGAAAAGCUUGCUCAAACGACACAAGAUCAAAAAAGACGAACAGGAGGGGAAAGAUGGCUCGAUUUUCGCAAAUCGGCCCAAGCUACCAGAGAUUACAAUUCUACGGCCGUGUCCGCGCUGUGUUAUCGCGUACGAGAAUAAAAUACGCAAGCCUCAGCGAGGUGAAACGGCAGAAAACGAGCUAGGGUUCACUGACUCGGAUGACCUGCCUUAUGAUGAGGGUAAAGCGGGCAGGAAUUUGCAAGGAUUCCUUAAGUUACACGGCCUCAAUCAAGGCUAUGAUCGCGAGAGCUCAUCGUGUGCCGAUGAAAGUUGCAUGAGUUUAUGGGGCAUACGAGGUCAUAUUCUAUGGAAGCAAAGACACCGCAUGUUAGAUCUGCGUUCUCAUUGCCCAAUACUUAUCAUCAUGACAGAGACUAGCACGGCGUGGAAAGCACCGUUAUUUUACAAGGACCGUGAAUUGACAGUUCUAAGAAGUAGUCUCAGAAGUUUAAUAUCUCUUCUUGGAAUUAAUAUCCAAUUCAAUGAAUUCAGCCCGGAUGUACAUAUCGAUGUCUGGAUCACUUUCGCGAGGAGGAAUUCCCUAGUAGUGUUCUCCGACCAGGAGGAUAUGCUAGUGCAGGGGGUCUUGGACCAUUUCGUGUGGAUCGCAUUUUGCAACGUGCCAUUAUCGUGUGCUAAAAGAGCUGAGCAUAUUGAGGCGUUAUUCCAAGCAGUAGAUCACAUCAUCGAUAUGAGCAUAUACCUCCUUAAGACGGGAAGUGAGCCAUCCGAGAUUAGCAACACAGUCAAAGAAGCGAUCAUCGAGACAGCUACCAUAGUGACCUCAACCGCAGCAGAAAGCACAGCAACCGUUGGCAUAGAAACCGCUGCAAUGGCGCUCGGCCAGGCGGCGGCAGGGGUGGCCAUCUCGGUCCUGGUAGACGUGGCGAUAACGGCGGGUACAGUGACGCACGCCAAGAUUAAGCGCGAUAAAGGGCUGAUCUCGAACAAGGAAUUUAAGACUACUGUUCGACACAAGCUGUGUGAUUCGGGGUGUCAGUUCAUUGGAGGGACCACGGGGACCAUAGUGGGGCAGGUGCUGAUACCUGUGCCCGUAGUUGGGGCCAUUGUUGGGGGGUUCUGUGGAAGCUUGAUAGGGGCGGGGGUUAGUAAAGGUAUUAUCAAAACAUCGGAGAUUAUCUCAAGGGCGCAAGCCUCCAAAGCGAAAGCUAUUACAGAUAAAUGAAAGGAAAUCAUCGCACGUGGCUGAGAUAUGCAGACCUUCUCCCCUGCUACAUGAGUUCAGUGAUGGGUGCUUCUAUUAAUCGGCCAUCCCCGAAAACGCAUGAAGUGGUCGCUUAAUGGAAGUUGAGAAUAAACAAGUCAUAUUAGCCCA